UAUAAUUAUCAUUUGCCAAACGCAAAACGAAGGAGCGUUGCGUUGCGUAGCCUAGCUUCUCGCAGUUUCUGGCGAUACCAUGAGUGAAGAGAGCGAGAGAGAGACAAAUCCGCCGCCGCCGCCGCCGUGUCCGACGGUGAGUCAACGUGAGCAAUGGAUGGUAGAGUCGCAGGUGUUUCAGAUUUACCAACUCUUCGCCACCAUUCCUCGCAACGCCCAAACCCUCAUGUUGGAGCUUCAACGCGAUAAUCACAUGCAGUAUGUCUCCAAAGGCCUUCGCCAUCUCAGUUCCGCAUUUUCCGUUUUGGACGCUAAUCGACCCUGGCUCUGCUACUGGAUCUUCCACUCCAUUGCUUUGUUGGGAGAAUCCGUCGAUGAUGAACUCGAAGAUAACGCUAUCGAUUUUCUUAACCGUUGCCAGGAUCCGAAUGGUGGAUAUGCCGGGGGACCAGGCCAGAUGCCUCAUAUUGCCACAACUUAUGCUGCUGUUAAUUCACUUAUUACUUUGGGUGGUGAGAAAUCCCUGGCAUCAAUUAAUAGAGAUAAACUGUAUGGGUUUCUGCGGCGGAUGAAGCAACCAAAUGGUGGAUUCAGGAUGCAUGAUGAAGGUGAAAUUGAUGUUCGAGCUUGCUACACUGCCAUUUCUGUUGCAAGUGUUUUGAACAUUUUGGAUGAUGAGCUGAUCCAGAAUGUUGGAGACUACAUUAUAAGCUGUCAAACAUAUGAGGGUGGCAUUGCUGGUGAGCCUGGUUCUGAGGCUCAUGGUGGGUACACCUUUUGUGGAUUAGCUACAAUGAUUCUGAUUGGUGAGGUUAAUCACUUGGAUCUGCCUCGAUUAGUUGACUGGGUGGUAUUCCGACAAGGUAAGGAAUGUGGAUUCCAGGGGAGAACAAAUAAACUGGUGGAUGGAUGCUAUUCCUUUUGGCAGGGAGGUGCUGUUGCUCUAUUGCAAAGAUUAUCUUCUAUUAUCAACAAACAGAUGGAAGAGACAUCACAGAUUUUUGCGGUAUCUUAUGUAUCUGAAGCAAAAGAAAGUUUGGAUGGAACCUCUAGUCAUGCAACAUGCCGUGGUGAGCAUGAAGGCACCAGUGAAUCCAGUUCAUCUGAUUUUAAAAAUAUUGCCUAUAAAUUUAUUAAUGAGUGGAGAGCACAAGAACCACUUUUUCACAGUAUUGCUUUACAGCAAUAUAUUCUCUUAUGUGCACAGGAGCAAGAGGGUGGACUGAGAGACAAACCGGGUAAACGUAGAGAUCAUUAUCACACAUGUUACUGUUUAAGUGGACUCUCAUUGUGCCAGUAUAGUUGGUCAAAGCACCCAGAUUCUCCACCACUGCCUAAUCUAGUAUUAGGCCCCUACUCUAAUCUCUUAGAACCAAUCCACCCCCUCUUUAAUGUUGUCUUGGGACGAUAUCGUGAAGCUCAUGAAUUCUUCUUUACUGAGUCGUGACCACUGGUUUUAGCUACCAACAACUUUAUUUGUAUAAUGUAAAAUAAAUUCAUUGGAACAUAUAAAUGUAAAACAGCAUUGGAUUGCUCGGGUUUUAUGUCUCUGGGUUUUGAUGAUUAUUGAUAACUUGAUAUGGAUAUGUAUUGUGUUGAAGGGUUGACGUGAGAUCAUGUAACCGACCUCACCUAGUGAGAUAAGCCUUUGCUGUUAUUAUUGUUGUUGAUAUGAAUAUGUAGUUUCUUAAAAUAGAAGUUUAUGUCUA